ACAUAUCGCCAACUCCUGCGGUAGGAGGAAGAUGGCGGCGUCCAAGGUGAAGCAGGACAUGCCUCCUCCGGGAGGUUAUGGACCUAUUGAUUACAAACGAAAUCUGCCUAAAAGGGGUCUCUCUGGCUAUAGUAUGUUUGGAAUUGGUAUCGGAGUCAUGGUGUUUGGCUACUGGAAAAUCAUCAAAUGGAACAGAGAGAGGAGGCGGUUGUACAUAGAGGAACUGGAGGCUCGGAUCGCUAUGCUACCUUUGCUGCAGGCUGAACAUGACCGAAGAACAUUGUGCAUGCUCAGAGAGAAUCUGGAAGAGGAAGCCAUUAUCAUGAAGGAUGUCCCAGGCUGGAAGGUGGGUGAGAGCGUUUUUCACACAGACCGCUGGGUAACACCGAUCAUAGAAGAGCUCUUUAACCUGCGGCCACGUGAAGAGCUGAUCCAGGCGAGGUUCGGCUUCCUGUCAUAUGUGUAGUGAGCCCUAACCUUCACCAGGUCUGGAGACCAACCCUGUGCCCCUACACAGGUCUGGAGGAUGGGAGCGCCCUGUUCAGAUUGUAAAUGUUUAAAGUAUUAAAUAUGUUUUUGUUGCUUCCCAGAA